AUGUAGGUUAUCAUCAAUGCAAGGGUGGCGCGCAUCCAUUGAAGAUGCUCAUGCCGCUUAUUCUGAUCUGGAUGCGUACACUUCCUUCUUUGCUGUUUAUGAUGGUCGUGGAGCACAACCAUGGAUCUUUAAGUUAAUGAAAUUGCAAAUUCAACACAACCUGGUCAAUCAAUCUUUUGAAUUUCAGCUGAUGCCUUUGCUAAGAAGCUUGGCUAUACCUCCUCACUUCAGGCUGCUCUUGUCAAACUACAGGUGCUUCCUCGAAAUCAACUAGAAAAUUACAUAUACGGUAUGUUUGCUUUUCCUUUGUUGGAGCAAGGCCAAAUGGAAGAGGCUGAAAAAGCUGCAAGAAAGGCAUUAGAGAUUAACAAGGAUGAUUGCUGGGCCCAGCAUAAUGUGAGUUAUAAUAAUUACUUUUGUUUUCCAUUCAUUCCACCUAAUUAUUCUAAAUCUUUAAAUAAUUAUACUCAAUUUAGUGUUCCACUAUUCUGAAAUUGUUACGUCAAAUGAGAUAAAGGCUAAAGAGGCUUAUCACAUCUUUUCAUAGCACUUGGUACCAAUUUUAGGGCAUAGACCUGAUUAAAAAUACAUGUUUUAGGCCUUGGCUGGUUCUCUAAUAUUACGAUCUUUUGUAGUUCUGCCAUGUUCUUCAGUAUGAAUGUUGUUUUAAAGAAGUUGUGUGGUU